AUGAAUUAUAAUUUAGAAGACAAAGAAAAACUUUAUUCGCUAGAAAAAAGUGAUCUUAUUUCACUUCUUACAGAAUUUCAUCGUUUACUUAAAGAAAAGGAAAGAGAUCUAAUUUUAGCUUCUGAAAUUGGAGAAAGUUUGCUCAAAAAUAACGUUGCAUUGAAAGCAAAGUAUGAAGAACUAUUGGAAGAAAAAAUUAGCAAAGAUAAACAAGAAUUACAAACAUCUGAAGACAAAAAAUACAAACUUUCGUCACUAGAAAAUCUUUCUAAAGAACUAUUGAAACAAGAACUUAUCGAAGUGUUAGAGCAAGAUCUACAAAAUUUUGGAGACAAUUUUAAAAAACUUUUUAUACAAGUUGAACAAGAACUAAAAACAUUUAAAGAUGAUAAAGUUAUGGAAUACAAACAAGAACUUAACAAAGCUCUUGAACAAGUAUGGAAAGAUUAUGCAAAAAAACUUUUUUCACAAGAUGAGCAAGAACUUCAAACAUCUGAAGAUGAUAAAGUAUAA